CCUUCAAGUUUUAAUGCAUGGAUUGUGAUUCUAAGUGACAGACGAAUUUCAUGCAAUAAAUUUCCUCCUAACUGGCAAUCCAUUACGCCCUGCAGGCAUAUGAGAACCACACAAGAAGCAUGCGGGUGGACGCCACUCCAAGGUCAUCAUAAUUUGAUCAGGUUACAUGUGUGGAUAGUAUGGGGAGUCACGCUGUACAAUGCACAGCCGUCUGGAAGAUAUAAAUAUAAAGAGAUGGGACACGCGCCUAUAUGACCAUCUUCGCUCGUCUUCCUUGCUAACGCCCUAGUAAGACAAAACCUCUGAGCAUCACGCAUGAAUUGAGUCAAACUGACGAUUUAUUUGAGCAAGUAAGGUGCGCCAGCUCUCGAACGAGUGAGAGUUGACAAUUACUCAACGUCAAGCCUAGCUUUAUACGACAUCUUGCCGACCUGUCUGGCGAAUAAAGCUGUGAUGGCUUCCAGCUCGAUGCAGCCCGAUGCAACAGAGAACAAAUCGAUUUUAACACCAGUCAUGACCUUGGAGGGACAUGAACCAUGGAAAAAUCUACGUCCAGAUGGUGAAUAUCACGAGUUCAAAUAUAUUUCGUGCAUUUCCUAUUCUCCUGACGGCAAGCAAAUGAUCAGCGGAUCAUACGAUAAGACGAUUCGGCGAUGGGACCUGCGGGAGGGUAAGGAGAUUGAGGAGGCUCGGGAGGUUUGUGAUAAUUGUAUAUAUGCGGUGAGGGUAUCAAGGGAUGGUCGAUGGGUUGUCACUGCUUGUUGGAAGGAGCUCGAAGUCAGUGAGGUUGAGACGGGGAUUGUGAGAACAUUUUACAUUGGGUCGAUCUAUUGCAUCGAUAUCUCCGCGGACAGCGCGUUGGUAGCGGGUGGGUCAGAGCCCAGGCGACGGCUUAGUGAUGUCAGUUCAGUGCCGGUAUUCUGGACAACAAAAGACAAAUCCAUCAUAGCCGCAUCCAACUGCAUGGAUGAUGACACGACAAUCCACGAAUUUGACGCGUCGACGCUCAAGACUGUUGGAGCCCCUUUCAAACACACUGAGGGGAUCUGUGGUCUAGCACUCUCAUCUGAUUGUGUUCUUCUCGCCAGCUCUUCCCGCCACUUGAUCAAGCUGUGGGCCCUUCGAGUCCCGCCAACUCCUCGCUUCAUUCGACCUUACACGAUCUUCGAUGACAAUAAAAUCUUCAUAUGUGACAUUCCAGCCAACAUCCUUGCUAGCAUUAGACUUGAAGCACAGCCUAGUACCAAUAAAUCUGAUUCACGCCAUGCUGGUCUGCUCAACUCCAAUGCAACACGUCCUCCCGCGCGUCGUAAACCAGUGAUGAUACCUGCCAUGUCUCCCAUCCCUCGACCUUUGCCUACCAGGGAUCCACAUGCUCGCCUCCGCUUUCUACGCAAGCUCUUUUCUCGUACAGACGCGGGUCGCAUUGACGAGCCUAAUCCUUUGGAUUUUCCUGCUACAUCACCCCUGCCUCGUCCACUUCCAACACACGACGAGAAUUCUCGACGCACACCAGCGCCACCCACCACCCAAUCCUCUGUCAUCAAUACUUCCCCAACCCUCAAAUCAAAUCGACUAUCAAACUGGUGGCGUGCAUUGCCAACUAUCGUCGAUGUUCCUCUCGCGCCAGGUAGACUGCGGUAUGCUGCAGCGGGCGCUCCCGGCCCUGAUGAUGAAUUGAUACGCGACGAAGAUUAUGUCUCUCCCCCUUCCCCUAAUCCCGGCUCGCGCCCAGGGAUUUUUAACUCCGGACAGCAUGGAAGCGGCCGGUUUUGUUUCUGCUUCUAA